UUUGAGCUAGUUCUUCUUCCAAUGGAACAUUAACGUCUCGCUGCGCAGUGUUAGACUGUACUGGUACAGCUUUAUCCACAAUACAGGUACCACUGUAUUUUCAUCUGUACUGGGCAACAGUAAGCUGUUUCUCUUUUCUUUAAACACCCCACACAAACCAGCCAUGCCUAAACGGAGACAUGAACCAGGAGUCUCAGUGCCCAGGAGGAGAUCUCCAAGGUUGAAAGAUAAACCUGAAAAUGCAAAGGCAAAGGCAGAGGCCAAACCUAAGCCAAAGAAGGGACCUGCUAAGCCUAAGAAAGCUAAGGAGGUGGAGAAAGCCAAGCCUGAUGAGAAAGCACCAGACACCCCUGCUGAGAAUGGCGAAGCCAAAGCUGAGGAAGAGACACCAGCUACAGACGCAACUGAACAAAAAGAUGAAGCGGCAGAAUAACAUUUCUCCAACCACAUCUUUUACCAGUGCUCCCUGUACCUCUUUUCUUGUACAAUUCAGGGGAAUAUUUUUAUCAACUAUUUUCUAAAUACAGGUUUUUUAGUAGUUUGAUUGUAGAGAACACUUUUUUUUAAUGAAAGAAAAAAGUCAAUUUGGAGACGGGAAUUUUCAUCACAUCCCACAAUUUUGCAUCGCCGUUGAAUUUGCGGUCAUUGUUGUUACUGUCAGUGGAUUUCAUUUUGAGUUUAAAAUGUGAAUGGGGGGGGGUUGCAGGACAGGUUACCUUGUCAAUGUGCAAGCACAGCUGGGGCAACAACCGGAAGAGCUUGUCUGCGUGGAUUACAUUCCAUAUGUUUUUAAGUGUGUGUAAUCUGUGCUGGGGUGGGAAUGGACAACAAAGUCACAGGGCAACUCAUUGUUUUAUUGUUUAUAAUAAAGACCAGUGUUUUAGAAUGUUUUAAAACUUUGUUCCUGUAUGUUAACUCUUGUACUCAUGCAGUUUUCUUAAUGAAUCAGAUCAAUAAAGCUAAAAUCCCUAGUA